UUUUACCUUUCAAAUUUAUUUCAGUCCGAUUCACUUGCCUUCAAUCGAGGGAUGCUCAUGAAUGUCGGUUUUGCAGAAUUGCUCAAACUCUACAAUUAUAGUUGUUUUAUUUUCCAUGAUAUUGACUUAAUACCUGAAAAUGAUAAAAACAUCUAUGAUUGUGAAGAAACUCCAAGACAUAUGUCCGUUGCUGUGGACAAAAUGAAGUAUAAGUUACCAUACGAAACUAUUUUUGGUGGUGCUGUAGCAAUGAAAAAGGAAGAAUUUCAGAAAAUAAAUGGUUUUUCCAAUCGUUAUUUUGGUUGGGGAGGAGAAGAUGAUGAUCUAUAUAACAGAGUUGCUCAUCACAAAUAUAAUAUUCACCGUCACUCACUACUGGUUGCACGCUAUACUAUGCUAAAACAUAUUCGAGGACCAAUAAAUGAAGACAGAUAUAAGCUUUUACUUAACAGAAAUUUUAAUAAAGAUGGAUUAAGUAAUUUGAAGUAUGAUUUACGUGAGUUGAAGUCUGAGAAGCUGUUUACCCAUGUAAAAGUUCAUCUCGUGGAAUUACGCGCGGAAACAACAAAAUACAAGUCAACUAAAUCAUACGUGACACUUAUGUCAAACAAAACAGAAAGAUCAAAAAUGAUGGAACGACCAAACACGACGAAAAGACCAAACGGGACGGAAAGACCAAACACGACGGAACGACCAAACACGACGGAAAUAUCAAACCAGACAGAAAGCUCAAACACGACGAAAAGACCAAACGGGACGGAAAGACCAAACACGACGGAACGACCAAACACGACGGAAAUAUCAAACCAGACAGAAAGCUCAAACAUGACACACAUAACACUCAAGCCUAAGUUUUGAACAGAUAAUUGACUUUACGACUUGUGUGUGUUUAUAUAUACAUAUUCA